AUGCCUACUGCCCAAGAGAUCAAAUUCAGGAAAAGGGAGGUGAAAUACGACAAAAACUCAGAUUUUAUGAACAUGGAUUUCGAGCUGCAUGGUAGCUGGAGAUCUGAUGCCGUAGAUGCUGUCUUGCACAACAUACUGAACUACCCGAAGACCGUAAGAAUCAUUUUCGAGAUUCACUUUGAGGAUCAUGAAACUUUUACUACAAAUGAGCAGACACCAUCAGAAAUCGUAUCAAAGAGAUCUCUCAAAGCAUCAGCCUUCUAUUCUUCGACAGAGAAGGAGGGAUGGAAAAUUUUGAUAUGGUCGAAGUGA